UCUACCACACAAAACAGAGCGCCAAGGAAAAAUGGCAUCAGCUGAACAGGGCAACUUCCAAGUCAGCAUCUUUUUUGAUUCAAUAAGCCACCAUUUACUCUUUCUCUUUCUUUCUUCCAUCACACUUACAAGUUACAACUUUCCACUUGCACCACCUACUCCUCCUCCUCCACCUCCUCCGUCUUCUUCUUCUGAUCUUCAACAAGUGAGAAAAAAUCUACCCUUUUUCCAUGGCUUCUUCGCACCCAAAGAAUGUGGGAAUCCUUGCCAUGGACAUCUACUUUCCUCCCACAUGCGUAAAACAGGAAGCUUUGGAGGCUCACGAUGGGGCCAGCAAAGGGAAAUACACUAUUGGGCUUGGACAAGAUUGCUUGGCAUUCUGCACUGAGGUUGAAGAUGUUAUCUCUAUGAGCUUGACAGCUGUAUCCUCGCUUCUUAAAAAGUAUAAGAUUGAUCCGAAACAAAUUGGACGCAUGGAAGUUGGUAGUGAAACUGUCAUUGACAAAAGCAAAUCCAUUAAGACCUUCCUGAUGCAACUCUUCGAGGAGAGUGGUAAUACUGACAUCGAAGGUGUUGAUUCAACAAAUGCAUGCUAUGGUGGAACAGCAGCUCUGUUCAAUUGCGUGAAUUGGGUGGAGAGUAGUUCAUGGGAUGGUCGCUAUGGACUUGUCAUAUGUGCAGAUAGCGCGGUCUACGCUGAAGGACCUGCACGUCCUACCGGAGGAGCAGCUGCUAUUGCCAUACUUGUGGGGCCAGAUGCUCCUAUUGCUUUUGAAAGCAAGUUCAGAGGCAGUCACAUGGCUCAUGCCUAUGACUUUUACAAGCCAAAUCUUGCAAGUGAAUACCCAGUUGUUGAUGGAAAACUCUCGCAGAAUUGUUAUCUCAUGGCACUUGAUUCUUGCUACAAGGUUUUCUGUGAGAAAUUCGAAAAGUUGGAGGGGAAGCCCUUUUCAAUGGCAGAGGCUGAUUACUUUGUGUUUCAUUCUCCAUAUAACAAGCUUGUCCAAAAAAGCUUUGGUCGGCUAUACUACGAUGACUUCCUGAGAAAUCCCAGUUUUGUUGAUGAAGCUGCCAGAACAUCCUUGGAACCUUAUAAAUCACUAUCGGGUGACGAAAGCUACAAUGGUCGUGAUCUUGAAAAGGCAAACCAGCAAGCCUCGAAAAAGAUAUAUGACACGAAGGUGCAGCCCAGCACGUUAAUACCGAAAGAAGUUGGUAACAUGUACACUGCAUCUCUUUAUGCAGCAUUUGCAUCACUCCUUCACAAUGAGAACAGCUCACUGGUUGGUAAACGUGUAGUUAUGUUCUCAUAUGGAAGUGGUUUAACGGCUACAAUGUUCUCCUUCAAGAUUCAAGAAGGUCAAGGCCCCUUUACUUUGUCCAACAUUGUAACAUUGAUGGAUGUGGCUGGCAAGUUGAAGCAGAGAGUUGAGUUUCCUCCUGAAAAAUUUGUAGAAACAAUGAAGCUGAUGGAACACCGAUAUGGGGCAAAGGACUAUGUGACAAGCGGUGACUGUAGCAACUUACCUGCAGGCACCUUCUAUCUUACCAAAGUUGAUUCCAUGUACCGGAGAUUUUAUGCCAGAAAGGACACUACCAGCACAUGACAUGAUUUUUUAGUUAAUCAUCACUUAUAUAUUCAAAUAUUUAUACUUCAUUUUUUUUUCUUUCUUUCUUGAUUCAACUUCUGUAUUUGAUCCCUUGAGCUUAUUUAUCUAAUUUGUUUAUAGAAAAUGUUUUCAUUUCUUUUUGGGUAAGUUUGUACUUUGCACACAAAAUCACUUUGUUG